ACAAAGAUAUUUUCCGAGAGGAAGGUGCCUUCAGAGAAGAAGCACAGCUCAGCUGCGGACCUGCAGCUAGUCCGCUGCAUCAUCCUCAAAGUCAAGGUCUCCUCCUCCUCCUCCUCCUCCCGCCAGCGACCUCCAUUGUGACCGACAGGCAGGUGCACACACGCUCUUCCUUAGAUCCUCUUCUUCGUCCUGCUUUCAUUCCGCGCUCUGCCCGGAGGUCUCCCUCUCCCUCUCUCUGGCCGCCCGUUCUUGCUCGCCGGACUGCGCCGGCGGCCCAGGGCGCACUCUCUGCUUCCGGAUCUGGCAGCCGGACCUAGGACCCAAGCCUCCGGCAAACUGUGAUGUGAAUCAUCGGCAUGUGAGGGCGGCUUUCAAGCUAUCCUGCUUGGCCCGAUUACUAGUUUCGUCCUCAAUUAGCACAAAUGGCGGAGGCUGUGCUCCUUGCUCUUGGAAAGAUUGGGGAUGUUUUAGCUGAUGAGGUUGCCAAGGCCUUGGUGGCCAAGGUAUUAGCAAAAGUUGGUAACCUGAUUGAUCUGAAUGACAAGAUUCAGCAGAUAGAGAUCCAGUUAAAAGCCAUGAACAACGUCAUACGGGAGAUUGGCACAAUGUACCUCACCAAUGAAUUCAUGAAGGGUUGGAUUGGGGAGGUGAGGAAGCUGGCCUACCGCGUUGAGGAUGUACUGGACAAAUACUCAUAUCACUCUCUUCAAAUGGCGGAAGAAGGUUUUCUGAAGAAGCAUUUCCUCAGAGGAUCACAUUAUCUCCUGGUUUUCAGCCAAAUUACUGAUGAGGUAGUCAAGAUAGAGAAGGACAUCAAGCAAGUUAUCGAGCUCAAGGGGUGGUCGCAACCACCCCAGUAUGUUCAUGACCCGCUUAGUGAGAUGGAAAGACAACGGUCCCAAGAUCGCUUCCCUGAACUUGUGAAAGAUGAAGAUCUGAUUGGAAUUGAAGAUAACAGGAGAAUGCUGACUGAAUGGCUGUACUCGGAUGAGAUGGACGGUAGGGUGAUAACGGUGUCAGGUAUGGGUGGCUUGGGAAAAACAACCCUCGUCACAAAUGUGUAUGAACGUGAAAAGGCCAACUUCCAAGCUCAUGCUUGGGUGGUUGUGUCUCAGACCUACACCGUUGAAGCUCUGUUGAGGAAGUUACUCAGGAAGGUUGGUUACACUGAACAACCAGCAUCAUCUAACAUUGACCGGAUGGAUGUGUAUGACUUGAAGGAAGAAAUAAAGCGAACACUUCAAGAUAGGAAAUGUUUGUUCGUCUUGGAUGAUGUCUGGAACCAGGACGUGUACUAUCAACUGCGAGAUGCACUCCAGAAUUCUCGUGAAAGCCGCAUCAUCAUCACAACGCGGAAUAACCAUGUUGCUGCUGUUGCUCACUCGUCACGUCGUAUCGAUCUCAAGCCUUUGGGGGACAAUGACGCAUUUGAACUCUUCUGCAGAAGGGUCUUUUAUAGCAAAAAGGACCAGCAGUGUCCUGAUUAUCUUUUGGAAACUGCUAAAUCUAUAGUUCAUAGGUGUCGGGGACUGCCACUAGCAAUUUUAUCGAUUGGCGGCCUCUUGUCUUCAAGGCCACAAACACAAUAUGAUUGGGAGCAAUUAUACAAUCAGCUUCCAACUGAGCUGUCGAACAAUGAUCAUGUCAAGGCAGUUUUAAAUCUGAGCUACCAUGACCUGUCUGGAGACCUCAGAAACUGCUUCUUGUACUGUAGCUUAUUCUCGGAAGACUACCCAAUGUCACGUGAGACUCUUGUGAGGCUCUGGGUUGCAGAAGGCUUUGUGUUGAGAAAAGGAAAUAGCACCCCAGAGGAGGUGGCCGAGGAAAACCUAAGAAAACUGAUCCACCGCAAUAUGCUUGAAGUCAUGGAUAGAGAUGAACUGGGAAGGGUGAACACCUGUACGAUGCAUGAUAUUGUGCGUGAGCUGGCUCUUUGUAUUGCAAGGGAGGAGCGGUUUGUAUCCACAAACGACUAUGGCACAAUUCAACAGAUGGAUAUGGAUGCUCGUCGUCUGUCAUCAUAUGGAUGGAAAGAGAAUACUGCACGGAAACUUGAACUUCCACGUCUUCGAACUCUAGUGUCGCUAGGAACAACACCUGCCAUGCUAUCCUCAGUUUUGUCGAAAUCCAGCUAUCUGACUGUCCUCGAGCUACAAGACUCUGAAAUCACUGAAGUACCAGCAUUGAUAGGGACACUCUUCAAUUUACGUUACAUUGGCUUGCGCCGCACUAAGGUCAGGUCACUCCCGGGCUCUGUUGAGAAACUAUCUAACCUGCAAACUCUGGACAUCAAGCAAACUAAAAUAGAGAAACUGCCAAGUGGGAUUGUGAAGCUCAAGAAUCUACGGCACCUAUUUGCUGAUAGAUUUGCUGAUGAGAAGCAGACGGAGUUUCGGUACUUCAUCGGAGUUCAAGCACCUAAAGAACUGUCCAGUAUUGAAGAGCUGCAGACUCUUGAGACCAUCCAAGCCAGCAAGGACUUGGCCGAGCAGCUGAAGACAAUGAUGCAACUUAGAACUCUGUGGAUUGACAACAUAAGUUCCGCUGAUUGCGCAAAUAUUUUUGACACCCUGUCAAAUAUGAAACAUCUUUCCAGCUUGCUUCUUUCCGGGAAGGAUGAGAAUGAGGCACUUUGUUUCGAGGCUCUCAAGCCAAGGUCUACACAUCUCCACAAGUUGAUCAUCAGAGGGAAAUGGGCAAAGGGAACAUUGGACUGCCCAAUAUUCCGUAGCCACGGGGAAAAUCUCAAGUAUCUAGCACUAAGCUGGUGCCACCUUGGGGAAGAUGAAGAUCCACUAGGGAUGCUUGCACCACACCUGCGGAACCUCACAUAUCUGAGACUUAACAACAUGCGCAGCGCAAAUGUCUUGGUUCUUUCUGCAGAUUCCUUUCCUCAGCUGAAGACGCUUGUGUUGAAGGACAUGCCUCAUGUCAGUGAGCUAAAGAUCAUGGAUGGUGCCCUUCCAUGCAUUGAUGGUCUGUAUGUUGUUUCGUUGUCGAAGCUUGACAAGGUCCCUCGAGGCAUUGAAUCCCUUGGUUCCCUGAAGAAGCUUUGGCUGCUGCGCUUGCACAGGGACUUCAAAACUCAGUGGGACAUCAACGGGAUGCACCAGAAGAUGACGCGCGUUCCAGAGGUUCGGUACUACCGUCAGAAAUGCUGCUGGCUUUCCGUUCCCCUUGUACGGCUGCGCGUACACAAUUCAUUUUGUGUAUGGUGGGAAUACCAUGAUGGGCAUUUCAAGUACCAUACGGAGGUCGCCGAGGGUCCCCUUCUUCCGAGCCUCGGGCCUCGGCCACGGCCUUGCCGCACCGUUUUGAGGGGCUUCGGAUCGUCUGCAAGCGUAGAGAGAGCAGCAGGAGCAGGCGUACGUUGGCUUGCAGGAGGAGGAAGAAAGAAGCAGACAAGCGAAGCGCAGAUGAGAGUUUUUUUUUUUUUGAGGGCCACGAGAGUUAUUUUUUCUGAGGGGCACGCAGAGGAGGAGAUCACCUGGGCUGCUGGGCUCCCGGGUUUUUGUGGGCCGUGGGAGGCACGGCCCACAAGGAUUGCUGCCCCGCUCCUAAUUCAUCGAGUGGGUUUGUUUUGCUCCUUGUAGGGUUAUCUUAGUUUUGUACCACAUCGGCUGUGGAGGAAAGAGUGUCAGGGGUGACCGGGUAUAAGAUAGGACUAGAUCCUUGAUGGCGCGCGUUGCUGCGCCCGUCUAUUUUUAGUGUUUUAUGAUAGAGAUAGGAAU